CCAUGUAUUGCUGCGAAGUAUAUGGGCGCGCCGCAGUCGGGGCUUGGCGCUGGCACUGAGGACAUGAUUCGCAAGCUGAGCUUUCAUGCGUUCGCGUCAUACGAGGGACGGCGAGUGCGCGGAUCGGCAGGCCGCAGAAGAUCGACCGGCAGGAUAUGAUGGGCGGGGCGGUUGCUGCUACGACGGGCGGUGGAUGACGAUGAAUCACGAGGAGCGGCUUGCUGUUACGGAGAGCAGACGCAGGGUUAUCAUCGACGCGGUGAAGGGAAUCGAGGGCGUGAGCGCGGUGAUGCUGGAUAAUAUCAUCGGGGCAUCAGCCGUUCGGGUUGGAUUUGCGGGUGGAUGCGUCUGUGACCGGGAUGACGGCUGCGGAUGUUGUGGAGAAGCUGAAGGCGGGGGAUCCGCCGAUAUGGACGCGGGUGCGGGACUGGGAGGACUGCAUCACGAUCCAUACGUUUGGGCUGAGCGAGGGCGAGGAGUAUUGGUGGGGUGA